AUGUACUUGUAUCAUAUUAUUUUCCUUACAAAUAUUUUUUUUAACCUUUUUCUAUCAUUUUUCUUUCCAAACCUAAUUCAAAUUACACUCGCAUAUAAAUUUACAAAAGACCAUGGAACCUUUGUGACAUUUGACACAUCAAAUAAUAAAACCCAUGGAAAUUUCCUUAUUGAAAUGGUUUCUUCCAGGAAGGUUCAAUCCUUCACUAAUAGGUCCCGAAGAAGUAAAUCAAAAAUAUCUCCUACAACUCCUAGGGGCAGUUUAACAAAAAAAACGUCCAAGAGGAGGGUUAAAGGUAAGGAAGAAGAACCUAAAACUCAGGAAAAUGUUAAAAAAAAUCAGUUACUGGAAAAUUUUGGGGUUGAUUUGGGUGAUUUCGGGCAAGAUUUGUAUGAGUGGUUAUGGCCAAAAAAUGAUUCUUCAGACGAUAAGGCCACUAAAAUUCUUUCAUCAAUGAAAAUGGAUAAUAGAUUUUUGCAAAGUAGAUUCGUAUCAGAACCGGAAAAAAAGACUAAUAGCCGAUACAACAACUAUAUUCACGCAUAUUUACUCCACAACUACGCUUCUGAGAGAUUUGUUGACAUUUAUAAAAGGUUGGCAUUUCACAUGAGGAUAAGUCCACGUAUCUUAUUCCGUGAAAUUGGAGCUAUAACUGGCAAGUUCGGAAUAAAUAUCUUGGACCCCAAUGAUGAUGAAAAGGGAAAAGAAACAAAACCAGGAAUACUAUGUCUGAGGAGAAUCAAAUUUGAAGUUUAUACCUUGAUAGGAGCUAAACUAUUAAGAUAUACGAUGUUGUUUCUGCUUAGGUAUAUUAGACUUGGCAUACCAAGUGAAAUCAAGACUAGAUAUUUGACUGAUUUGUUGAAACAAGACUACAUGUCAAUUGCAUGUAGUAUGCCUUGUAACCAAAUUGAAUUUGGAGAUAACAAGAACGAUCCUCUUAAUCAGACCUACCCGAUUCGAAAUUCAUUUGAGGCCAUGGGAUAUCCGUAUUCAGACCAAUUAUUCUAUUCUGAGUCUGAUUCAGAAGGAUUGUGGUCACCUUCGAAGCUCGUGGAUCCUGGGGUCUUCAGUCGUCUCUCCAAAAAGAACAGAUCCAAAUUAGUUUGCGUGGCAGCUUCUUUACAUCCUGAGUACGCUUUGCAAAUUGUCAAAAACGUUGCGUUUGCUGCUGGUUAUAAGUCUGAGAGGGAAUUAUUGACCAAUUUUUGUCUGAAUCUUAGCUUCACAUCUAGGGGGGCAAGGUCCUUUAUUUCAAAACUCAAAGAAGAACGUUUAUCUGAUGAAAAGUUAAGACUUGCUGCCAAACUAUACAAGCAGUCGCAGCUUCCUACUUCACUCAAAUCUGCUAUGGAUACCCUAGUUCAAGUACCCUAUAUUUCAGGGUUAGUUAAAAGGCAUCUCGAGUCGGGUCGUAAGACCAUGUCUUUGAAAAGGGCUCGAAUGAUACUCAAGCGUGUUAGAUCUGAAGUAGAACUUCUCCCUGAAGAUAUGGUUCUUUGGGACAUUUUGAAGGAUUUAAUUUCUAGAAAGGUUCUAAAUGCUCCGUCUCGUUUGUACAAACAAGUUGCCAAACAGAUUUUACCUCUCAAAAAUUACCUGAGCCCUACUUUGAAGCAAGAGAUUGAGAAUAGAGGUGUUGAUCCAACAAAACUGUAUAAUGAUACUAAUGGAUUACCUGAAGAUUUGGAAUCUAUUCCGUGGGAAGAAAGGGUUGAUUUGGCUAGAAAAAUUAGGAAAAAUGUAAAGAAUAUUUGGCUUGAGAAUCGCCGACACUCCUUUGAAGAAACUGGAAUUCUAUUAGUUGAUGCUCUUUCUGCUACCGCUGGCUACAAGGAUAUCAAUAAUGUUCUAACCAUCGUAUCAAUGUUGUCAAAACCUCCCGCGACCAAGGUUGAAAAGUUCUCAAGACAACCUGGACCUGAAUUUGAGCAUUCUCCAAAACUAGAGUUUAAGGAUUUUAAAAACAAAAUCAUGUAA